CGUAAACUUCAACUUUGUCAGAAAGGCGCGCGUUUGUUUCGAUCGUCGAUCGAAGUGCUCAAUCCACGAUGCCUUCGACGGCACCAUCGAUCAUGGACCUUCCUCCACUAGUUUGGGACGCGCACUUGGCGCCGCUCCUGUCGCUCUCGGAAGUCAUGUCCAUCUCGACAUUGAACCGAUCCUUCCACAAACUCAUGCACCAUGCCGUGACGUUGUAUCACCCUGUGGACAUCAACGCGCCCGUGGAUCAGCUCGAGGCGAUUACAGAUGCAUGGACGAAUCUCAAGGCGAUCACGUACAAGCCAUUUGUUCGUAGCGACGAACCAUACAACAAUGAGUCCAUCUACCACCUCCCUCACCGACAACAGCACGACAACAUCGACGAACCCGAAGGAGAGAUGGAUAUCCCCGACAUUAAUCCGCGCAUGGAACAUGUCAUCGCCCAAAGUGUGCCCGCCAUCCCAUCCAAAGACAAACUGUCGGGCUCUGUGGGCAAGCUCAUGCAUCGAUUGCAUUCAUUGGACCUCAGUGGCACACAUCGACUCGAGUUGAGUCCAGGCAUCCACCACCUCCAGCAUUUGAAUCUCAGUGGGUCGUCCCAUAUCCGCGGCCUCGAGCAUCUCCACACGCUUCGGUCCGUCGACAUGAGUUAUUGCCACGACUUGUCGGACGUGACACCCCUUGCCAACGUCGCGACCGUGGACUUGAGCUACUGCCACGCCGUGUCGGACAUUUCCCCGCUGCAACAUGCCACGGCUGUGUUUCUCAACAUGUGCAAGAGCAUCAGCCAAGUGCAUGCGUUGGCGAAUGUGCACACUGUGAGUCUCCGCAACUGCUCUGGCAUCCGCGACGUAUCCGCGCUUGGCCACGUCCACACGCUCAUCUUGAGCGGGUGCAAGAACGUCACGGACGUUCGAGCCCUCACCCAUGUCCAUACAUUGCAUCUCAGUGGAUUGAACAUUCAAGAUGUGUCGAUGUUGGGCGAUUGCGUUGACCUCAACCUGCGAAAAUGCCAUCGAGUGUCCGAUGUGUCUAGCUUAGGCCGCGUCAAGACGUUGGAUUUGAGUGGAUGCACGUCGUUGGAGCACGUGUCGGCGUUGCGUGCAGUGCACACCCUCAACCUCUCUUCAUGCAAACGCAUUACGGAUGUGUCGGCGCUGCUGCAUGUCCACCACCUCACGUUGAGCAAUUGCGAAGCGCUGGAACAUGUGAAUGUGCUGGGGAGAGAAGGGUCGUCGAUCCAGUAUUUGGACGUGUCCAAUUGUCGUGGCAUCACGUCCAUCAGUGCGCUGGGACGCAUUCCCGUGCUGAACAUCAGUCGAUGCCACAACAUCACCACGCUCGAUGGACUCUCCCACGUGACCAACCUCGACAUCAGCUUCUGCCGACAACUGUCGGACUUGUCGCCACUUUACAGUAUUCAAGUAUACCAUCCUCUCACGAUAAGGUUGAUAUAUUCACGCAUUCGUAGAUCCUGAAUGCUUACCGGUGUACGCGAAUCACGGAUGUGUCGCCAUUGGCCAAUGCCGUGAAAUUGAACCUGAGUUGCUGCCCGGGUAUUCAAGACGUCGCACCCCUGGCUCGUUGCCGUGACAUUGACUUGCGUUUCUGCGAUGCCUUGGUCGACGUGUCGCCGCUCCGACACGUCCGCUCGCUCAAGCUCGCGGGUUGCCAGCGCAUAACUGACGUCAGCGCACUCACCCACGUGCAGCAACUAGACUUGAGCUACUGUCAUGGUAUCCAGGACGUUGGCGGCCUCGCGCUCGUCCAGUAUCUCAGCCUCCGCAACUGCUCCCAAGUUGAAGAUGUGUCUGCUCUUGGCCGGAUAUACAGUUUGAAUUUAUCCGGAUGCGACCUGGUGACGGACGUGUCGGCGCUCGGGACUGUGACCAAGCUCAACCUGAGCGACUGCCAAAACAUCCGCGAUGUCAGUAUGCUACACCACGUGCGGUCGUUGGACUUGCGAUUUUGCCAUGCCGCUGUAGAUGUAGACGAUCUCCGACAACGAAGCAGCGGCAUCGUCUACACCCAAGGAUAUCCAUCGUCGUCGUAGGGGUACGCUCGUUUCUCGGCUGCGUGGAAUUGUACAUAUAUAUGCUUUCCUUAUUAUUGAUGGGUCAAUUCAUCUGCGAGGCCUUCGCUCACAAAGUACUGCUGCACUUUCUGGGCCACGUCUCGACCUUCGUGAAUCGCCCACACCACAAGGGACUGGCCACGGCGACAAUCACCCGCCGCAAACACUCCUUCAAAAUAACAGGAAAUUAGAACCAGGACAGCGAAAACGAUCUCGACAAGUACCUGGCAUCGACGUGGCGUAGUUGUCCGUCCAAAUGUUCUUGCGCGUGUCUGUCUGCAGCUGCAACGACUGAGGCAGAGCUUGAUCAGGGUGCAAAAAUCCCAUCGCGAGGAUGGCCAAGUCGCACGGGAAUGUUUCUUCCGUGCCUGGAAUUGGUCCCUUGGUUCCAUCCUCCAGUGUUUGCGAGCGCGCUGUCACCUAUUCGCCGCCCUCAUCAGGACACAUGCACAUGGGAUGGCAUGAAGCACACAUGCCACGUACAACAUGGGUCAGGCGCCCUGCGUCGUCGCCUUCAAAGCGAAGAGUCAAGCGCUCAUAUUGCCGCGGGUCUUCGCCAAACACAGCGCGCACUUCAGCGUGUCCAUAAUCUACACCGUACACCUUGGGGUAUUGCGGCCACGGAUUCGCGGGACUUCGGGCCUCGGGUGGCGCCGUAUUGUGUUCCAGAUUCACCACGGAACGGCAUCGAUGGCGCAGCGCCGUUGCGACUACACAUACACAUAACAAUCAACAUGCAGAAAUAUCUCAACUCA